GUGAAGAAUUGCAGGAAAUUAGCUUUAAAACUGUAAAAUGUUCUCCGACCCAUGGCAAAAUGUGUAGAAUUGCGGAAUAUUUGCUUUAGAACAGCUACAGUUUCUCUCUGGCCAAGAGGGCCUCUAAAACUGGGCCAUUUGCCACACCCAUUACCCCCCCCCCACACAUGCUAACUUUGCCACCGCUGCUGAAAAUAAUACUAGGGGAAACACUGUGCUUAGUAUAUUAAAAUCGAAAGCGUUUGAAACAUUUUGUAAGUCCUUUUGCACAGUACCAUGUCUAUUUUGAUGGUAAUGUCCUUAUCUGCUUUUCAGCCUAAAACACAGAUUUCUUGCGAAACAGGUCAGUUAUAUCUGUAAGUACCCAUUCCCUUACCAUAGUGUGGCUGUAUCUUGCACCGGAUGUACCGUUUAGUAUUAACUAGUUAUUGAAUCACUCUGAAAUAAUGGAUUGUGGAAGUUUUUCCAAGAUUUGUACAUAUUGUUUUGAGUAUUGUAGAUGUAUCAUUCUAAAGUACUUGCUAUCAAGAUCUGUUACACAAUUUGGUUGAAUACAAAUGUAAUGAAUAUUGAAUGCUUUGGUGUGCCAUUGUUGCCUCUUCCUGUCUGGUGGUGAAGGAGACAGUUCGGUGGAAACUGGACACAUUUUUACCCCACUCAUUUGGAAACACCUCGUCUUCCAACUUCCACAACAAUGCUCAAAACUGUCUUGGAUCUGCUGCUGUCACUAAUACUUAAAACUGUUACUCCACAAUACUCCAUAAAGCUCUUACUAGGUUUAGCUUAACCAUUAUAAUUGAAUUCUCCCCCGUUUAUAAAUAAUUGUCAACGUGCAUACUAUACCAUCCUUUUAAAGGGAUCAUGAGCCUGUUUGCUCAUCUAACUAUACAUUUCACAUAAAGCAAAUAGACGUGAUGAAUGUAUUUCUACUCUUCUGGUAAUUUCACAAGACAAUGUAGGCAGUAUCACAGUUGCUCUCCCCUUGCUGAUGUGCAUACAUAAAUGUAUCCCAAUGUAAAAUGAAUGCAAAUUCCAAAUGCUUUGUAUCAAAACACAGUCACUGUAUUAUUAAUAAUAAAUAAUGUGUAUACUGUACAAUUUUUAGUAUGUCUGUCUGUUUUUUCAAGCAUAUCUUGUUAAAACAUUUUAUACCAGGAACAGGACAGAGCUGAAGCAUUUUUGUAAAUUGACCACUAGAUGGACUUGUUGGGUUGUGAACUUGACAUUCUCAAAAAAUAACUGUUUCCAAUAUCUCCCAGACAUUACAGUAAAUAGUUAGUCAUUUGUGGUAUGUUUUAACUUUUAUAAUAACUUUUUAUAAACCUUAAACAACUUAAAGUAACUGUUGAUGGUUGAUACCUAAAUAUAUUUUACAUUUUCUCUUAGUAGCAGUAUUUGGCUGAAAUUGACUGAUUUCUGCAGCUUUACAAAUGGCUAAAUACUCAGUAUUUUAUACUCUUAGUAUAAGGUCAAAACACUUUGUCUGGUUUCAGUAUUUUGCAUUUGCAGAACCAUCUCAUCUUAACAAUGAAUACAUAUUUUGUAGUAAUUACUAAUGGUAGGCUUGGCUAUUUGCUGUGACACUAGUGAUGAGGAGAAAUGUAGAAACAUCUCUUCCUCUUUAGCGUUAAGGUUUGGGGUGGCGCAUUUAGAAGUUCCUGUAACUAGUCAUCACCAUUUUGUUAUCUGGCUGAGACCCUCCCCCAGUCAGUCAGUGAGUCACACUCAACAAUUGUAGUUUACUACUCCACUUAUGUCUCUGAGGCUCACUGCAUGCUGCUAAGUGUGUGAAAGCGUCAUCAUAUAAGAACAAGGGAAGUCCUGAUGGAUCUUCAUCUGACAGGAUUUUGGCUGCUGCUCAUCCCACAUACUGUGUUGGUGUUCUGUGAUAUGGAAUUCCUGGAGAGACCGCAGGGUGACUCUGUAGAGUUCCACUGUAUCUCUGAGUUCAAUGCCACCAAGCCCAUUGGGCUCUACCUGAAACGCAAGUGGCUGCAGCCCAACCGAGAGGUCCUGUUCAUGUAUACUGCACAAAAGCCUGCUCUUUACCCUGACGUCAAACAGCGCAUCCAUGUCACCGGAGACCCGAGUACUCACCGGGUCAAUGUGACCCUCAGCCAGCUGAAGGGAACAGACACGGACCUCUACUACUGUGAGUUUGUAUUCCCCGACACCAGCGUCGAUCAAAAUAUUCCAAGCAAGAUGGAGUUAUUUCUGUACGUCAACGAUGCUGAAGAUGCCCCAGACAACAAGAUGGAUGUAGGCCUGAUAGAGACGUGCGCCGGGGGGUCAGCUGUCCUCCCCUGCCUCGCCCCCCAUGGUUCCCCCUCGGCCAUGGAGGGGGUAUGCCUGAAGAGGCGGUGGAACCGGGAUCCAGUGGAGGUGCUGUUCCACUCCAAGCGCCCCUCCUCCGCCUCGUUCCCCCCAGAAGAGAGGCUUCACCUGGCCACGGGGCUGGGCGGCCUGGCCUACAACCUCACCCUGCUAGAGAUGCAGCCGGAAGAGAGCGCUUUUUACAGCUGUGAGCUGCUGCUCCCCGGCAGGCCCGACAACAGCGCCAGGCUAGGGAGACACGUGUACUUUGUGUCUGUGCAAGGUGUUAGGUGUAGCUGUACUGGUUAUGUUCCACUGCUCUAUGGCCUUUCUGCUGCUGUGGGGCUGCUGCUCAUCUUCCUCAUGGCCCUGGGAGUGGCUCAUUAUGGUAAGACCCAAGGCGACCGUGUCAAACUGCAGCCCCACCAGGCUUCCAUCUACGAGGAGAUGGUCGGGGUGCGGCCCCCCAACGGAAUGGAAAAGUGGCCCCCUCUUACCACCUGAGGCCCCCCCUGCAUCUGGAGGAAAUGGAUGCUUCCACCUAUGACAACCCCCCUCUGAGGUCUCGACAGGAAAACCACUAUGAGAGGCCCGAAGGGGCACCACUAGUAUCUGAAACUGCUAAGGAGAUGUGAGGAACGAGGUUGGCCCAAUCUCACCAACACUGUGUUUGACUAUUCAUUUAUAAACUGGAGUCUGGACUAUAACUUACUCACACAACCUUAAAUUUGGACAACAAACAUCCACCUUAACCCACCUAACUUAGUGUGGUGUACUGUAAAUGCUGUUGUGGAGUUUUAAACAAGGAUAUUUUGUAUUUGAUGUGAAUGUUGUAGACAAGGCAUGCUCACUGUAGCCCUGCUUUGCUUUUUUUUAAAGUGUAAUACUUA